AUGUUUCCCGGCCGUGACUGCGAGAAUCAAACGAAGCUGGUCAAGAAGCACAUGACUUCCAGUGGCACUAGCGGGUGCGGACAGUGUUCACCUCGGAAAGAACAGCUUCUCGUGCCUUUGUCAAUUAUGGCGGAGCUGGAGGAGGAGCAAGAGGCCCAGCUUCUGCCCAAGAAGUAUGCGGAACAUCAGGCAGUCAAGGAACAGCUGGCAGCCCGCGAAGAGAAGCUGGCCGAAGGUGCCGGGGCGAUCUGCAAGCUGUACUGCAUCCCCCGAAAUGCAGAGCAGUGUGUCGAAAUCCAGGUGCGAGAAGGAAGCCGUCAAGUGCGCUGGGGCUGGGUUGGGCCCAAUUUCGGCAAGGUGGGCUGCAAGUACAUCAGCAUCUGCAGGUCGCUGGUGACACCUGGCGAGUUCUUCUGCGUCCCCUAUGAUGCUGCACACGUGCUGCUGGUGAACAUUGACGAAGACACAAUCACUGAGGUGGGUGAGAAGGUAAGUCCGGAUUUGGUGACCAAGUACGCAACAGCUGCCAGUUCUUACGACUGGAACGGCCGAAUCUACGCAGCACCUUUCCUUGCUCAAAGGGUACUCCAGAUUGAUCCUUACACAGGCACUGUCGGCGAGGUCGGACCACGCCUAGUAAAAUCUGAGCAGGGCGAGUGGUGGGUAACGAUUGCUUCCCCAAUCACUCUCAAGAUCUACGCCAUUCCGUGGGAUGCGCGUCACGUGAUGGAGAUUGAUCCUGUCCGUGGUGGUGCAACUCGCAAGGUCGGACCGGACUUGGGGCCCACGCCGGGCAAGUACUGUUCCGCGAUCGUCGCUGGCGACGGCAGCAUCUUCGCACCUCCCUACAACGCGCGCAAGAUCUUGCGCAUUGACGGCACAGGGAACGUGAGUCUUGUUGCACCAGAUCUUGGAGUGGGACCCCGCAAGUAUUGCUGUAUUUGCCAGGGCGCCAAUCGUCUGCUCUAUGCACCGCCACUGUAUGCAGACCAGGUGCUGGAGAUCAGUACAUCUGGCAAAGGCAAUCGCCUCAUCGGUCCUGCAAUCGGCAAUGGAGAGGCGAAGUAUGCGUGCGCUGCCCUCGGACCUGAUGACAAAAUUUACUGCGCUCCUCUGGAGGCACACCGUGUCCUCCUCAUCAUCCCCGAGGAUCACGAGGUUGAAGAGAUCGGCGUCGAUCUGGGCAAGGAGGAGGAGAAAUACUCAUGCAUCGCACCAGCGCCUGUGGGGCCCAUGAUGUACGCAGCACCACGCAAUGCACGCUUCUUGCUGGAGGUCGAUACGAAAAGAUGCUUUGUCCGGGAGGUUGGCAAGGAUCUGGGCCCCGUGAAGCGCAAGUUCACCGCCAUCCUCACCGGGUGA